UGCAGCGGGGGGCUCAAAUACCCGCGGGGUUCCCGGCGCCGCCGCCGCGAGCGGAGCGUGUCCAGAUCGCGUGAUCCCUCCCCCCACUCUCCACUCAGCUCCCGCCGCGGCCACGCGCUGCUCCGUCGACGGCCUCCGUCUCCUUCUCCAGGGCGUGGGGCGGGAGGACAUGGCUGGUGAGAAGAAGGUGUUCGGUUUCGAGGAGGUGGCCGGCCACAACGUCACCAAAGAUUGCUGGCUCAUCAUCGCCGGGAAGGUAUACGAUGUUACUUCUUUUAUGGAUGAGCAUCCUGGCGGCGAUGAAGUAUUGCUAGCAGUAACAGGCAAAGAUGCAACCAAUGAUUUUGAAGAUAUUGGCCACAGUGAAUCAGCAAGGGAGAUGAUGGAGAAGUAUCUCAUUGGGGAGAUUGAUGCUUCAACCAUCCCAGUAAAGCGUACUCAUGUAUCUCCCCAGCAAGUGCCCAGCAAUGACAAGGGCGAUGACAUGCUCAUUAAGAUCUUGCAGUUCCUUGUCCCAAUCUUGAUCUUGGGGCUUGCAUUUGCUAUCCGGCAGUACACCAAAUCUGAGUAGAUCUGUUGAUUAUGAACGUGGUCCAUUGAGCUAUAUUUUUAUCAUGUGAAAUGAUUUGGAUCAAACGAACUAAAUAAUGAUAUUUGUUGAGUGGGACAAUGUGUUGUAUUUAUAUUAUAUAUUAUGGCGUAUUCUGUAUUCUGAACAUCCGUGUAUGGCUGGGAUAUGAGAUGAUACAUUACUUUCUUCGCAUAAAACACCUGGGAGAAGUAUAUACUAAAGAA